UGCCAAGGGCCACUCCGUUAGGUUGCGCAUAGGCUGCAGUUUCAGUUUGUUUUAUUCACCAUUUUGAGUAGCUGAAGGUAAAAAAAUAAACUAAAAUCGCGUUUGGAAGACAAAUCGUUGUCUUAGAUUUAGUUUUACGCUGUAGCCGGGGCGUUGGAGUUGGAAGGUCUCGUUGCGCACGUUGGAGUUGCAGAGCGGGACGAUUUUGUUUUUAUUUUUCUAGAUUUCCUUUCCCCUUUCUUACAUUCUUAACCUCUACAGUAUUUCUGCAAAAUGUCAAGACCAGUGAGGAACAAGAAGGUGGUGAAUUACUCCCAAUUCCAAGAGUCUGAUGAUGCAGAUGAGGAGUAUGGGAGGAACUCAGACAAGCCUAAGAAGCCUCGUGCGGCUCCUCGUGAGGUGAAGCGCAAGCGUUCAAAGAACUCUCAGGAGGACAGUGAGGAUUCUGAUGAAAAACUCUCAAAAUCCAAAAAUGAUUCAGCAGAUGACUUUGGUAGUGAUGAAGGCAACGACUUUGGAGAGGAGGAUGAUGAGGAUGGAGGGAGUGACUUUGAAGCUAAACGAGGGAAAAAGGGAAAAACAGCCAAGGUGGCAAAGCCCACUAAGAGGACACCCAAGAGAAAACGACCUGCAGAUGACAGUGAUGAGGAGGUGAGUCGUAAGGUGCGUACGGUGCGCCAGGCUGCCACCAAGGCCGUGUCCAAACAGAGAGAGAUCCUGCUGGGAGACGGGGGCAGCGAGGACGAGGAACGUGAAGACAAAGAGGAGGCCUUCCCAGACCCUGAUGAGUCGGGCAGUGAUGAAGACUUCAUGGUUGAGGAUGAUGAUGAUAGUGACUACGGCCGCUCCAAGAGCAAGAGGAGCAGCAAGAAGGUGAUCAGACGGAGCAGGCCGGAGAGGAAGGAGAAGAAAUCCCCCAAACCAAGACUAAAGGCCACCGUGACCCCCAGCCCAAUGAAAGGAAAGGGUAAAGGUCGCUCAAGCCCCGCCAAGGCCCCGGAGAAGAGCUCGCCCAAAGAGGAAGAAGAGGAGGAGCCAGAGAGCCCUCUGGAAGAGGAAGAAGAAGAAGAGGAGGAGGAGGUGGUGAAGAAAGACUCCUCCCCCGCUCCCAAGAAAACUAAGGAGGUACCUGGGAAGGAGAAGAAGGAAAAGGAAGACGCAGAGGAGGAGGAGGAGGAAGAAGAGGACGGUUCGGAAGAGGACGCACCCUCUGGGGAAGACUAGCCCCACAGAAGUUCCACCUCUCUCCCCUUCCACAUCUUUCUCUCUUAACCUUACGUUUUUUGUUUUGUUUCUCUUGGUUUAGAGGGUUUUAUUUUGGUUUCCGUGGUGGCCUGGCUCAAUGGUUUGAACCUUGUGGUGUUGUUGUUUAGUGUUAGUUUUUAUCUUCCCCUAAUGAAUGAAUGACUGACUGACUGACUGACUGACUGACUGACUGACUGACUGACUGACUGACUGACUGACUGAGGACAGUGUCUGUGCAUGAGAACAUGUAUACCACCAUAUGGCUGUGAGGGAUGGAAGGAAAGAACAUGUGAGAUUUGACUCUCUGUCCCAUCCACCCCAUCACUGUCCGCUCUGCUCAGCUACACCUCCACUGGCUCACCUUUCCUCGCAUUUCUCAUCUCCUUCUCUGCAGUGACUGCAUUAGUCUUUCCUACACAAGUCUGUGUGAAUAUAGUUUGCCUUUCUGAGAGCUCAGUGCUAGUAUGGAUCCGUCCUCGACAGUCGCUUGGUGUGUAGUCGUUAGUUUUCUCUCUGCAGGUGUGUGUGUAAGUGGGCCUUCUAUAAAAAAUACACUUUCUACUGCCAUUUUCUUUCUACUCCUGUCUCCGUCCCCUCUCCUCCUCAAGUAAUCUCUGGUCUGACAUGACUGGAAUAGGUACAAGCAAUGUAGUGUAACCCUUGCUUUUGCCUAUCCAGUAGUGUUAGAUCAGGGAUUACUAAUUGAGCCCUGGGUUUGCUCAGCCAGUCUGGGUUAGGGUCUCCCUCUCCAUCCUGGUUUGUCAGUGGACUGCUGGUGUUCAAUCAAAGCACUUUUUUCACUGUGCAUCACUACCCAUUGGUUCAGUCGGAACCCACCGCUGACGAAUCAGAGAGGGCCACACUGGAGACUCUUGAGGGAGGAUAUGAUGUCUGUGUUUCCUGUCUAUUUCCCUGUAUCUAGAUUGCCCUCACUGAGGUACUCGGCCAACUAACCCCAUAGCACUGUGCAGACAGACACUGUGCUUUUGAAACUCUCUCAAACACAACACGUUUUAGCAGGAAGGUUUUUAUGGUUGUUAUUUUAAUGUUAAUUUAGUUGAAUUAAUGCUCUGUUAUAUUUCCCCCUACUCUGAGGUUAUGCCCUGGUCCUGUGUCAUGUGGUGAUUGAGGGGUCAUGGAAGCAGGUCCUGGAUCAGCCCUCCGAGAACCUCUUCUUCAUGUGUCUUUACCGUGUGCUGGUAUUACUACAGUGCAAGGGUGUGAUAGAGCACACGCUCAAGGGGUUUGGUGUUUCCUCACCCUAUGCCCUCUUCCUUUGGUUUGUGGUUCAGAGAUGUUAGAUGCUUUGAAUGCCUCUGCUGGGCAUGAUACAUACACACAGAACAUCCUCUCUUGUUCAACCCUUUGUGCCAGGCAUCCCCAAGCUUUUUUUUAAAUGAAUUGAGAGUGGGUUUUUUUUUUUUUUGAGUCCCCAAAUUGAUUUUAGUUUUUGUUGGUUUGCGUUACUUCUCUAUUCAGAUUUUUUUUGUAAUGUUUGUUUUUUAAGAAAAGAAAUAAAAUGUAUCUUGAUUUUAAAGAAAAGUUGACCCUAUCCAUCUGUUUUUCUGCUGUGUUAUAACUGUCUGGGAGAGCAGACCCAGCCAUCCCUCCUUUCUGUUCCACUCACUUCCUUUCUCUCAUUCUAUUCUCAUCUCCUGCUCCUUCACUCAGUUCAUACUCACUCCCUCUUUCACAGAAGCUUGAUGCCAGCUAAUGUUUUGCUCCACACCUCUGCUCUCCUCCACAAACAAGAAACACUAGCUGUAUUUCCCCUACUCUGCCCUGCAGAGAUCUGAUAUGACUGGAUAGGUGACAACAAUAUGAAGGAAUAUAGGUCAAACCACUGCUUAUGCCUUCCUGGUUGUUUCUGAUCUGCAAAUGGUGCAGAGGUGAGAGACAGCAUGAUAUGAGUGCUGUUUUUCAACUCCUCCCUGGGUUGAAAAACUUUUGAGCCAAACCUAUGGUAUCAAAAAGUGUUCUUGGUCUAUAUGGAUUCAUUAUUGUUUUAGCUGAGAAUGAACUCUACCAGUUAUUAAAAUGAGUUUGGAUGCUUAAAGAUUGAAUCUGUUUCUUCUUGCCUUAUUUUCCUUUGGUCCUGCUGAACUAGAGGAGGCACUGUGUAUGGUGUGAUACAUGUGGAUUGGAGGGGAUUUUAUUGUGUUUAGGGUGAAUACUAAACCAAUCCCUAGCCCCCUACUCAGACAAUCCUGUAGAUCUUAAAUGAUUCCACCCAGUCUGCAGUACUGCCUAGGGCAUUAGGGGUCACUUUGAACUUCAGCAAAUGACUGCUCUGCCUCUGGUGAUGACCAACCGAAGCCAUAGAUCUGACAUAGAAAAAGAGGAUGAGGAGGGGGGUGUCUGACAUGUAAUCAAAUAAAAGACCUAGCUGACCAAGAUCAAAGCUUUCAUACCAGGGGAGGACUGUAUGUAUAUAUUUUGUUAGCCUAUCCUUCAGGCCCAAUGAUGUGUUCUGACCAAUACCAGAUCACUCAAGACCCCAAGACUGCAAACACAUGCCCUAGAAGCUGUUUGAGCAGACCCAAACUGACCCUGGUUCUGGUGCACUUUCACUGUUACCCUCCUGACUGCAGUGGAUACGUUUAUUUGCCUAAUUCUGAACUGACCCCUAGCCCUUUGACCAUAUUGAGUAUACCUAUUCAAUCCUUUUCUACACAAAGGCCUUGGUGUUAGGAGUUCAUUUAGAUUGGUCAUCUUAGUAUAGGGCUUCUAUCAUAUUCCUGAAUGUCACUGAAUGCUUGUACUGUAUGGGGUUUCUGUGUUCAGGCAGCAGGGGCUCCAACACAGGAAUAUGAGAUCCAUACUGCUGGGCUUUUUUAUGCUCGAUAACCGAAUGACUGUCACUGGUGUCCCAGGUCUGAAUCAGGCCCUUAGUAGAGGGGAAGGAUGAAAACAAGCAGUGCUCUGGACCUCCAGGCCCAGAUUUGAAUCCCCCUGUUUAACAUGAAGACAUAACCAUGAUAUAUUAUGGAUUUGCUCUUACUUUCCUAUGCUUUCUUCAGUAUCCCUGCAUUUCUAUUGCUUCAUUAAUAUUUUCUAUGUAGCUUACAUUUACAUCGCUAGUACAAUUUAAGCAAAAUUGUGAUUCUUACAGGUGAUGGAGCCGAGAAGCUUUUGUCAGUGGUGUGGAAAGGGAACGUUGAACUGUUGAAUCUUUUGCAUGUUGUGGAAAAGUGAGCAGUGAUGAUGAUGAAGAAAACAAUAUUGUGGUCUUAAAGUAUUAACGACAACAAUGAUGUUGACGAUGUUUUGGUUUCCCCGGCUUCUAAUAAAGGCAACCUACUUUUUAUAUGGA